CCCACACACUUUAUUUGAAUUAUAUACGUUUGACACGUUGCUAACAAUAACUCAGUGCUUGUUAUUACGAAUAUUAGUAUUUUUUACACAAAAUUAUGAUUUAAAAUGCUUUGAUUUGGGUAGGGUCUUUAAGAGACAGGCACCAUGUUUGAAGGCGCUGUGGCCGGUUUUCUGAACCGGCUCCUCGGGAAAUACGUUCAGGACUUGGAUACGGAGAACCUUAACGUCGGCAUCUUCUCGGGGAAUGUUAAUUUGACUGACCUGAAACUCAAACCGGAGGCAUUGUACGAACUCGAUCUCCCGAUUGACGUGAAAAUUGGUACGAUCGGUCGCAUCAGCCUGCAGAUCCCGUGGACUGGGCUUUACUCUCAGCCUGUCGUCGUCCACGUCGAGGACGUCCUGCUGCUCGUAGGCCCAGCGAUAUCCAACAGCUACUUCGACCCUGAACGAGAAAAAAGGCUUACAAGAGCCGCAAAAAGAAAAAUACUCCAGGACUUAGAAGCGGAGAGUGAGGUUCUGAAAGGCCCUAGGAAUUUCUUCGAGCAUUUGUUCACUGCUAUCGUAAAUAACAUACAAAUUUAUGUAAGAAAUGUACACGUGAGAUAUGAGGACUCGAUCAGCUCGAAGGAUGGCCCGCUGGCAUGUGGACUGUGUCUGCAGAGUUUGUCUAUAGAAACAACAAAUAGCAAGUGGAAGCCAUCUGUGACAGCUCAAAAUGCGUCAACAGUUUACCAAAUGAUGCGCGUGGAGUCACUUUCGCUGUACUGGAAUCCGACAGCCACUACCCUGGACGAUAACGAGACAGCCAACAUUACUCCUGUCCAGUACUACACAUGGAAGCACUACAUGAUAACGGGUCUUGACAAAUUCUCCAUGCAUCGGGAAGAUUUCGAGUUCUUAAUCAAACCUGUGACCUGUAAAGUUAAGGUUUUAAUUAACCGGUCGGGAGAAGCUCGUGUUCCACGUCUCCUGCUGGAUGCUGUACUGCAGGAUAGUGCAUUACAACUGUCGCGGCGACAGUAUCUAUCUAUAGAGAAUUUGAUUGAUUCUUUCGCAAGAAUCAAAUUGAAUAGAAAAUAUCGUCAUCUUCACCCUGGUGUACCACUCUCAAAUGACAUUAAAAAGUGGUGGCGUUACGCUUUCAAUGUGGUAGUAGAGCAACGCGUCAGACCUUACACUUGGGGAGCGAUAAAGAAACACCGCGAUAACUAUAACAUAUACAAACAAACGUACAAGAGCACUUUGAGAAGUCCCAACGAUACCGAACUGAAGUUGGAUCUGCAGAAAUGUGAAGACAGCCUUCCCAUUAUAUCUGUUGUUAUUGCGAGAGAACAGGCUAAAUUUGAGCUUCUGUCACAAGAACCAGAUCGCAUAGAAGUAGUGGAGACUGAAUUUGAUUGGUGGAAGCCCUCGUCUCCAACCGAUACCGAGCCAGAAGAAUCCAGAGCUCAUGUGGAACUAUGUGUCAAAACAGAGAGGAGUAAGACUCUCUGGAGCCAUCUCUCCAGCCCUGAAAAGAAGAAAGUCUGUGAACUGAUUGGUUAUGUUGAAGGGACAUCUAGUAAAGAUAAAUCGAAACAGUAUAUAGAACACAAAAUAAAUUUAACACUAGCGAAUUGUUCAUUUACGCUCAUGAACAGAAGUAAAGAAGUGCUGGUUGUGACUCUUACCCAGUUCUUAGCCUCGUUAGAAACUCGACCUUCGGCUAAAGCGUAUAAGCUGUCCGCACGUGCUGAAAGCCUGGUGAUUGAAGGCGUAACAUCAGAUGGAGAUUUAGUACCACUACUGACGGCUGAGAAAGGGACCGCGCUGACCGGUACAAACCUUCUGGCUGUUGAUUUUGAGAAGAACCCGAGUAAUGUGGAAGCUGAUUAUGCGCUGUGCUGUUUGCUAGAACCGGUCGAGUUAUUGUAUAUUGAGCAUGCCUUUACAGAGCUGAUCAAUUUCUUCCAAACCCACUCCAUGACUUCCGAUGAGCUGGCGGAGGAGUUUUCGCAUGCGGUCAUCGAAGCCGGAGUCAUUAGCAGGUCCGUACUGGCAUAUGCCGUCAGCCGGAGAAAGGUAUUCCACUUGAAUAUGGACAUCAAAGGACCAUGUAUCGUGCUACCAGAGCAUGGAUGCAUACAUAAGUCCGGUCGAGUGAUGAUAAUGGACGUUAGUAGGAUAAUAAUAAAGUCAGAUUUGCAACCUUCAAACUUAACGUUAGAAGAUGCCACCUGCAUGGAGCUCGAAGAACGACUGUAUGAUAGACUGCAUGCUGAAUGCACGUGCCAGGUCCUCUUUUGUGAUUGGGACGAUCAGUGGAGGGAGCAAAGAAAACACGGUGACUCCGAGCUGCAUCUGAUUCCGAGGAUCAAAAUGCAAAUAGUUUUCUCGAACAGCAUCAAGAAGGACUACAGGUUGUUGCCGAGAUACAAACUAAACAUAUCACUAUCUAGUUUCAAAUUGAAUUUAUCCGAUCGGAUAAUUGGCUACCUGCUGGAUUUCUGUGAUAACCUGCCGAUACCGGUGCCUAACACAGUGCCUGUUUCAUUCAUGGACUCCGGCGACUAUGCCGAAGAUGUGGUGGAUCCUGAACUAAUGGAAAUAUUGGAGUCGGACCGUGUUAUGGCAGACCCUGGGUACAGUGAUCUGGUUAAACUAAGACAGAAGAUUGUUGCUGCUUAUUUGAGAAGGAAUAGGGUAUCAGAUCCGAGUUUUGACAAGGCAAGCGCAAAACUUGGCUUCCAGGAGUCAGAGCCACUUUUCAGCUCCACAGAGCAGAGCGAAGAGGAUAUGGAGCUGUUCGCGAGAUACGUGGACCUUCCUGGUUUCGACGACAAUGUGUCUCCUUCAAAUAACAUUAACACUCUUAUGAGAUUUAUUAUUGGUGAAAUAGUUGUUAAUUUGUCCCGGUCGAGCGAUCAGUCUGAGCGUCCAUACGUGAUGCUGAGUAUCGGCAAGGUCUGCCUGGACGUGGCUCUGAUGCAGUACGGCCCCGCAGUCCAGCUCUCUGUCGGGCAGAUGCUGCUCACCGACAAACAGCAUCACAGUGCUACUGGCCAAUACUUGGAGCUGAUCACCAGUUCUGGGGAGCUCUUGAAUUUGAUUUACAGAAAGGUCCGAGCCGACUGUCCAGAGUUCAAGUCCCAGUUCCACGGAGUAGAGCAGGCUCUGGUCGCCGAUACUGGACCGAUCUCGUUUUUGUUGCACGCUGAUGCUCUACGAACUUUAUCCAAGUAUCUGCUCUACAUCUACGACAAAAUUCAAACUAGACAUGCAAUAAACUUGAAGAAGAUGAUGGUUCCGCAAACAAUGUCCUUGUGGAAGUACCUGCUGAGCUCGGAGACGGAUCCGCCCGUGCCGCCUGGAGCCACCAAGUUCAGCUAUUCAGUCAGAGCUACAUCAGUAUCCAUUAAGCUGUGCCACUUGGACUGCUCGUUGUUGGAAAUCAAACUGACUGGCUUCGACAGCGACUGUGUAUUCCGAGCCAACGACCGGAUGAUCUUCAAGCUCUUCUUGAGCUCACUGCAGCUUGACGACUUGUCUGAAUCCACGUUGUACCCUAAGUUGGUGUGGCCUGAUGAGGAUAAAGUUCUGGAAGUGAAGUACGUACGUUGCGCCCCGCGAGUCUAUGGGAGUCAUGAUGACAUCAAGGCGCACGGAGAGCUGCGCAUGUACGUGGGCAGGCUCCAUGUUGUGGUGUUCUGCUGCUUGAUAUAUCAGCUGCAGCAAUUCAUGGAGCCGUUAGUACCAAAUUCGGUAGCUUCUGAAGUCGCUCAUGCAGCGGAGCGAGCAGCGGAGAAACACGUACAGGAACUGAGAUCAGCUCCAACAAGACUCAACUUGGUUAUUGAGAUUCACGCACCAGUACUGCUACUACCACAAAAGCCGUCAUCGCCAAACCUCCUUGUACUCAAUUUAGGUGACCUUCAAAUCGAGAACUUCUUCAAGAAGAUGAAGACAGUGCAAGACGCGAGCAGUCCCAUGCAACAGCCGGUCAUCGACAAUAUUCUGAUGAAGCUGGUAAACGUCACUAUCUCCAGGGCUGUCAUGACACUCGCUGGAACCUUGGAAGUUCAGGAACCGAUCUUGGAGCCGGUCCGCGUGAGCUGUGACAUCGAGCGGUGCGUGGCGAGCGCUCCGCGGGACCAGCUCGCUCUGAACGCGCACGUCACUACGCAGGCCCUCAGCCUCAACCUAGGACAGAAUGACCUUGCCACAAUCCUGGCUGUCUGGACCGACAACCUUAGUGAAGGACGGUAUAUUGGAAGUUUAAUACCCAGUUCACCGAUGGAUCCUUCUUCAACUGACGCAUCCGUCAAAAAACUUCAAGAAUUUUUUGCUCAGGGAGAACCUGUGAGGAAAGAAGCUGUCGUCAGAUUCAUUCUUGAAGGUAUAGAACUAAAACUUUUCUCUGAUAUGGAUGAAGUGCUGAGUUCUCCGGUACGUGAUAUGAACCAUGGUCUAGCCAAGCUGACGGCCGGUGAGGCGACUCUGCAGCUAGAGUACUCUUCUGAUGGAAGUCUGGAGUUGAAUGCCAGCCUUCAGAGCCUACUUCUUGAGGAUAUUAGACCGGAACCAGUACUUAUUAAAAGGAUCUUCGAGUGUGAGGGAGGGUGCGGGGAGGGCGGCGCGGGGGUGGUGGUGCGUCGCGCGGCGCUGGCGGAGGUGUGCGCGCGGGCGGCGGGCGGCGCUCGUCAUCUCGACCUGCGCCUCGAUCGCACCAGACUCAAUCUGGCGGCACCCUUCCUACUCACGUUGGCACGUGCCUUGCUUCUUGCCCUGCCAGGUGAAAAAACGAUGGAUGGCGGGGUUGUGAACCAUGGCUACGUCGCUGACUCUCACCCCUCGAAGCCAGGAAACAACAACAAGACCAGGUUCCCGAGUUCCAGUGACUCCACUAGUGGAUACUUUUCUACAGCAAAUUCGGUGACAGAGGAAGCACCAGGCUUGUCUAUCUCCAUUCAGUUGAGGCAGCCAGAAGUGAUGUUCUUCACAGACCUCACGAAGACCGAAGGGCAUGCCUUGCUGUUGAGGACCGAACUUCUAAUCGACUACUCUUGCCAUUCGAACUCUGAAAGUCUGGUCGUGUCGCUGGCUGGGUUGCAGAUGAUGUCAAAACUCCAGUCCAAAUUAAAGAAUCUCCCCCCACAAAUGGUGUUGAAACCUUGCGAUGUGGAGUUUUCCAAGAUCUUCAAGAAUCCAGAAGAGGGCGUCAUGGUUCAGCUAAAGAUGUCGGAGAUAGAAUUACACGUGGCUGCUACCACAGUUCAUACCGUUGUUGACAUUAUUGAAGAAGUGACAACAGAGCUAACUGUGCCUGACGAGAAGGAACUCUUCAACUUUGCGACCUAUAACACUAAGAUAGAGAAGCAAGACGAAGACCUCUGGUCUCCAAAGAAGUUGACUCCAUACUUGACCUUACAGUCUGACGAUAGUUACGUCCAGCCCCAGUAUACCGGAACCAAGCCCACGGAAACUUUCCAAAUGACUGUUUCUUCUGUAAGGAUCUUGUUUGAGAUGGAACACAGCGUGAGACUGCCCGUCAUUAUGGUUAAGCUCACAACAGACGUGUCGCUGUAUAACUGGUCGCAUCAGUUUCACGGCACAGCCGCGGCGUCUAUACACGCGACCUGCUACAACGAGAGGCUUGACGUCUGGGAGCCGCUGAUCGAACCCGUGGUCGUGGACGAGAAUGUCUAUAGACCCUGGGAGAUCAGAGCCACUCUGUUUCAGUCGAAAGCUUACCCAAUGUCUUCGCGGCUGGAGGCCUCGGAAACGGAAACAGAAUGCGACUCCCCGUUCGCCACUAAGCCCCAGAAAACCAAGAAAAGAUCAGGUUUCGAAUCCGAGACCUCAGCUGAUGAAUGCGACACGGACAAUGAGAUGACCUUCAUCAGGAAUCCUCAAGGGAGAGAGAGUAAGCACUACAAUGUGGAUUUCAACGCUGGGAAUCUGUCGUUCUUGGGAGUUCUGGACAGAGAUGAAUCGGACUCAGAUAACGAGGGUGGCUUGAUGGACAAGUUGACCACGGCGUUCGGACAUUUGUUUACUGAUGACUCUAGUGCUGAAGAGUUUAGUAACGAGGAGGAUUCUUCAGCUCACGAACAGAGCGAAGUGGAAGUCAGUGAUCACGAUGAUGAAGACAAGCCUGUGACCUUCAUUGAUGGUGAGGUCAAGGUUAAAAAGGAAGCCGAGAGAAAAAGUGUUACCCUACAGGACCCGGUCCGAGAGAACAGCGUGGAUUCCGGUCUCGAAGCUGAGAGUUUCGCCGAGAAGACCUGCACUUACGUCACAUUUGAAGCCAAAGACAUGCUGAACAUCACGAUUAGUCCAGCCGGAGUGCGAGCCUUACUGGCCCUGGGCAGCGCCUGCACCGACCGCACCGCUGUGGUCACUGCGAUCGUCGCCGACAGUGGGACUGUGCUGUGUAAUGAUAUAGGUCCAGGGUCAACAGUGCACUUGAAGACACGGUCCGAAACAGAUCUGGCUGGCAACGACAGGCUUAUAGCCAUAGCGGAUUAUGACGUAGACACAAGUCGACCUAGCACGCCAGGUUGUGAUACGUCAGCAGCUGAACUACUGAACGAGGCUCCACUAACAUCGAAGCCUGACAACAACGGAAUAACCGACGAAUGGAAUUGCUUCGAAGGCGGCUUCCCGGGCGGUGAGCUGUGCGGGACGGGCGCCCCCCCGCUCUCCCCGCCGCCCCCCGCUUCGCCGCACACACUGCACACCAAACUCACAGACCUCACACUUACAAUCAAGAUGCAUGACUUCGAUAAUUUGACUAUCCUCUGCCCGCAAAGAACAGCCACCAAGCUGCACGUGCUCCAUCCGAGCAAGAACAGCACCCGGUACUACGUGGUCGUGGAGAGGUCAUCCAAGUACAAUAUUCGGAAGAUAGUGGUCCGGUCACCUCUACAGGUCCGAAACGAAACAGCUUACGCUCUGGAGCUGUUUUACAAGAAAACAGAUCUUGAGGCUGUCGGUGUAGACCUCAUUGGGUCCCUGAAGAAUCCAUUCGACGACAAGAUGAGGCUAUGCGUGAUCGCGCCGCAAGACACGUACAAUGUUCCCCUGUACAUCGCGUACCACUGCAAACUGUUUCUACUGCCUUCCAACUUCGAGCGAUACCAGACAGCCACUCAAGGUAUAUGGUGGAUGGAACUGGCCAACGAUCUUGGCACGCCGCGGGAUAUGGUAUGCCCUGCCAUAGAUGAAAACAAAGAUGACAUGAUAUUUGCCAUGCGGAUCCUCACUGUUGAAGGAUGCCAAUCCCCGAAAAUAAAUCGUCUGAUUCCGAACUACCUUCUCCGAGUUGUCCCGCCGCUCGCGGUGUACAACCGACUUCCGCAUGCUUUGGAAGUGAGCUGUUCCGAAAUAGGAUGGACAGCGAGGAUCGAAGCCGGCGAUCGAACGCACGUAUACACCAUGGAGCUUAACAAGCCUCAUAAGAUUUCGGUGAAGCUACAAUAUCAAGGAACAGAAUGGUGUGGCAGUUUUACUAUGUCAUCAGAGUUAACAGAGAAGAACAUAUCUCUGUGUAACGACACGGGAGAGGGGGAGGGGUGCAGGGCACGGGACGCGGUGCGCGCGGGGGUGCGGCGCGGGGAGUGCUGGGAGCUAUUCCUGCACGCUCAGCACUGGCUCAUCAAUAAGACAGGACUGCCUUUACAGAUGAAGAGCAGUAACUCGGACAGCGUGUAUGAGCUGACGGAGGAGCCCCUGCUGUGGUCGGACGGGGUGGGCGUCCGGAGUCGGGUAGGGGGCAGGCCAGGGGGCAGGGGUGCCCGGAUCCGAGUGCGCGCACACCUGUCGGCGUGGUCCCGGCCCUGCAGGCUCGCCGCCGGGGUACCAGGCUUGGUCGUAUGCCCUCAUACAGAACGAAGGACUAACUACAGGAUUCUAAUGAAUGUAACGUUAUCAGAGUUGUGUCCGCAAUUGACGAAGAUAGUGACUCUCCUACCGUAUUUCCUGGUUUUCAACGACACGAAGAGGCAUCUCCGGUUCAUGGAGGAGAACGAGGCUGCAGAUCUCUGGUUCGACCUCGCCCCCCAACAGUGUACGCCUUUUUGGCCUCAAACGGACUCAAUGUCGAUGCACUGCAAGUACAGAGAUUCGAAUGUUGUCUCACAGCACUUCCCAAUCACGAAGAAUCAUAUGACAGUACUGAGGAUGGAUAAAGGGUCAGCGAUAUCGGUGGAAGUGACCGGUGGCACGGACAAACCCUUUACGAUCACGUUUAGACCCUAUGCUGCUGGUGAUGCGCCAAUCAGAAUCGAUAAUCUAUGCGAUGAUUUGUUCCUCAAGCUACAUCAGAUGGAUUCCGGUCAAGUGGCCCUGUUAAGUCCAUAUCAAUCAAUGUUGUAUACGUGGGAUGAUCCUUCUAAGGACAGAAAACUGUUAUGGAACAUCUACAAUAAUAAGGGAAAAGGAUUUAUUGCGCAAUUCGAACAGGAUGGUUACGGAGAAGAAAAAGUGAGUUUCCAUUCAGUGAAACACUCCACCCUGGUCGCGACAAACAGCAUGACCUCCAAACUAUCGUCUACUCUAAAACGACUGACACCCAAAUCCCCUGAACCGUGCUCUUCAAGCAGUGACGACUCUGACAGCUCAGACCUACCUGAAGCCCUCAUGAAGACUAAAAAAAUGAGAAAAGAUAAGGUCAUUGUGUACUGGACGUCCUAUAUGGACGGGUAUCAACGAGUGUUUGCUUUGGCCCAAGACGAGAGAAUCGCCUAUCAAUAUCGAAUGAGAAUUAACGCUGAAAAAAGUAAUUAUGAAGUUUACAUGUCUCUUUCUGGCGUGAGUUUAUCUGUGUGCGUUCAAAGUAUUCACGGGGUCAAGGAACUGGCGUACGUGAGUAUCACGGACUCCUUGCCGAGAUGGGAGGUCAAUGUCAGUCAUAAAUGGAAACAGCUGUCUCCGGACUUGACGGCUUGGAUCGAAGAUAAAUACAGCGCGAACCAAAACAAAUGUGAAUUAAAAGAAUACAUUCAUUUAGACUUGGAGAAGAUGCAAAUGACGAAACCUUUCUUCGCCGAGUUGAAGCGAACGUAUAACCCGGGCCUAUGGUUGCAAUUCCGCAAGUCUGACACGUACUCAUAUUUACAUCUCAAAUUCCAAAGGAUACAGAUUGAUAAUCAGCUGCAAGAAGCUGUGUUUCCGACUGUUCUCUGUCCGGCUCCUUUGCCUUCGGAUGUUAAGUCGAAUCAAUUAAAACCUUGCCUAGAAAUCGUGGCUCUGAAGCAAUACCGGCCCUCGCUAAACCAAGACGUGUACAAAUAUCUAAAGUUGCUCCUUCAGGAGUACUCCGUGAACUUGGAUCGGGGUUUCGUAAAUUACGUUUUCGAUUUGUUAAACCAUUGGAAGGUGGAAGAGAAGCCAGCUGUGAGGUUGAGAGCAGAUCUGGCUUUAGUGCACAUGCCGAUACCUAUUGUGGCUGCCAAAAGUCAGAACAAUAACCAGAAGAAUGUUAUAUUUGAAUAUGUUCAUCUAUCGCCGGUCAGGAUUGCUUUGAGUUUGUCUUCUAGAGGAUAUCUAGCGGAAUUUACUGCUACUCCAGAACAGAUGAAGUUGGGUAAUAAAAAGGAGAACAGGCCUAAAUUAUUCAAUAGUGAUCUAUUAGAAUAUCUAUUCAACUCAUGGGGUUCUUCGCUCUGUGAUAUGAAGGAUGUUGUUUUGAGGAUGUCAUAUCUAGAAGUUCGAAACGCGCCAAUAUCAGGAUCGGCGUUACUGUCAUUGGCCCAGCGCCACUACUGGAUCCAGCUGGUGCAGCAGUUCCACGUGCUGGUGCUAGGGCUUAGCGUUUUGGGCAACCCGUUCGCUCGACCACGGCUCUGUCUUGGGACCACGGAUGCUGAAGCAGCGCAAUAUUACGAACCUUAUAUGGGUACAGCGUUGGACAAGAAGUCUCUAAUAGUUUCGAAGCACCUGGAGGAGACCGUGUCCUCGAUGCUGGGACAGACAGUGAAUGCGAACAACAAAUCUAACAUCACAUUCGAAGAGCUACCGCGACAACAGACCUCCAAGAGGCGACCAGGUGAUCAAUCAGUCAGUAAUGACUUACCGUCGUCGGUGGUCUUAAGUGAUAGAAACAACCCAGCUACUGUUGCGUUAGCGCUCACAGCACUCGUAGCCAAACCAUCGUUCGAUGAAGACUAUGUUUUGUUACGAAACGUGUGUCGUGAGGCGAGUCGAGCCUCCCUGACGCGUCAGGUGUGCAUGGAAGGAGCCGUGCACGCGCUCAAAUCUUGCGCGGAACGCAGCGGAGGCCGACUGGUUCCAAGAAUGAGGAUCCCGCGAUACUGUUCACCGAUCGAGGGUGUUCGCCCUUACUCGUGUCACGCGUCCCUCGGGGCUCAGCUGGUCCGCACCGUGUGUCCGCACACGCACGCACACGCGUACGUUGCGCACGCACACCUCUCCGACCGCUCUAACUGCACCGUGCUGCUUACAACAGAUCAACUGUAUAUGGUGCGUUCUGGUGGAACGAGCGGCUCCUGGCAAGUGGAGUGGACGGUGACGCUUGACCAGCUCACUGCUCCACCUACCGUCGAGGGUAACAAAAUUAAACUCACCGUCAAACAGGACGAAUUAAUAAAUUAUUUUUCAACCGACGAGAAGAUAAUAGAAGUAUCAGAUUCUGAGCUCCUCAAGUGGCUCGCUGCGAAGAUCCAAUGCGCACUCAUACUGGCGCUCGAAGAUAAAAGGUGCACUGCCGAAUAAAUUAUUUUUGAGGUUAUGUUACAUGUCUCGUUCUACUAUGGAGGGUAGAAGUGUAAGGAGAACCGUCUCUGCGAAAAAGACGUGACGUGAAAAACUCUGUGAAAAAGUACCUGUUAAAAUCUGCUAAAUAAGGGUAAGAUAUAAUCUGAUAAGAAAAUGCAAUCGACGUUUUAUCACAGCAAUAAUUUUAGGUUAUAUUGACGAAAUUAGUUUGGACUACGUAAACAUGUGAGGUCUUGUAUAUUACACUGUCACUAACUACUCUAGUCAUUAAAUAUAUUAACCUAACUCAGCAUACUUCAAAACUACUGUUCAAUUCAUAUCAUAUCCUGUGCCUAUGCUAGCGCCAUUCUGGAGGAUUUUUGAACUGUUAUUUAGUGCUGAAAGUGGGACACUUUUUCAAGCUUCCCCCAUAUGAGACGGUUCUCCUUACCUCUACCCUCCAUGCGUUCUACGUUCCAUCACUAUCAUUCAUUCAUUUAAAAUUAUUAAUGUGUAGCCCUAUGUACUAAAUGUUUAUUAUUGAUAGUACGCUACGGUAUCAAGUAUUCUGUGUGUUUAGUGCGAGUUUUUUAACGUUCUCGAUAGAGUAAAAGUUAACUCAAAUUUAUAUGCAGUUGGAACAACGCUCCUAGCGGCAAACGUUCCAACUCCAUACAAAUUUCAGUUAACUUAUACGCUAUCGAGAACGUUAAACUCGCACUAAGCACAUUGUAUGAUGUACAGAAAUACGAGUAUGUACAGGGUGUAGGGGCCGUACCCGAAGCCGAAACCAGAAUGAACUCUAGGCAAAUGGAAAGUAUUUAUUUAUUUAUUAAAGCAACCAUAUUUAAAUAUUGUUAGUAUAUAUAUGAUAGUCAUUGAGGUUCUUCCGAUGAGACCGUUGGGAGAAGCUCCGAUCACAAGAUAUAAAUAAUUUUUAUUUUACUGAAAUUUUGUUUUUGACAAGACUUUUUUUCAUUACACAAAUUGUAAUCUAGAGUAUUCUUGCCAAAUAGUUUUGUUGUAUCAACUUGAGCUCGCAAGGGACAAGAAGCCCACUGAGUUUCUCACUGGAUCUUCUCAGUGGGUUGUGUUUCCGAUCCGAUGGUAGAUUCUGCGAAGCACUGCUCUUGCUGGGGCCAGUGUUAGCACCGCCUCCUGGUUUGAGCCGCGAGAGCUCACUUACACGUUACGGUUACGCUGACAUAGCCUCUCUAGGCUAUCAGCUUAGGUAGAAUAAAAAAAAGGAAUAAGACAUUCUCCCCGAGUUGUCUCUAAAAUGCAAAUUUACCGCGUCACUUAUUGUAAUUCAAAAAUAUUAUUUAAAAUUUCUUAAUCCAAUCUGAUUUUUUAGUUCAUUUAGUGUAUGGAAUUACCAGCACUAGGUACCAUCUCACUUCGCUUUCAAGAACGGGUCUCAUACAUCCUGUUGUAAUAUUAUACGUAACAGUAUUAAUCUCAUUUAAUUAUAAUUAUUAUUUAAUUUUUACUUAUAGUUAAAAAUGUAUUCAUUUUUUAUGUUUGUAUGUUUGUUGAAUUUUCUUUAGCUUAGCUUUAGUAUUUAUCAAUAUCAUUUACAGAUUUGAUAUAAAUUCAAAUAAUAAUUUUAUAGUAUUUAAGAUAUCUACGUUUUAGGGGUUCUAAUUAAUUUGCUAUUAGAUUUUUUAAUACAUAUUUGAUGUAUAAUGUCAUUGUUACGUGAAACGAAAGAUGAAACGAAUGAAUGAACGAAUUAUACACAAAAGGGGAAAAUAAGAGCGGCUAGCAGUACGAAAGAUUAAUAUUUAUUUAUUUAUUUAGUAUUAUUUAAUUAAUUAAUAGAAUUACUUAUAUUAUAUGGAAAAAAAAUCGACAUUAUUUGGUAAAAUCCUUAAAACGUCAAGGAAGUAUCAAUACAGGCCAUGAAUUAAUUUAUCGUUAUUUAAAUUAUGUACAUUAAGUCAAACGUCGGACAUCAUAGAAUGUUAUCAAGUCAAGAUUCUUCUUCUUCUUUUUGCCUUCUGUAGUGUUUAUUAAUAUCCUGUGAACAUUUCAUUAAUCAAUCAACAUUUUAAUCAUCAUUCAAAAAAUUCAAGGAAAUUUUUGAACGUUGGCAUAUUUAAUUUUUAAGUUGGCAUAUUUAUUUUAGUUAGUUUUACAGGGGUAAAGUUUUCAAUUAUUACAUCUACGACGUAAAUGCGCCACCCAUCUUGAGAUAUCAGUUCUAAGGCCUCAGUAUAGUUACAACGGCUGCUUCACGGCAGGGUGGUGGUACCUACCCGCGCGGACUCACUAGAGGUUCUACCGCCAGUAAAAUCGAUCGAUUAUCGUUAACAUAGACGGCGAAAAAAAAAAUUGUUCAUUUUUAUAUUUAUAUAGAAUGUUUAAAAAUAAUCCUAUUUUUUUUAGCAUAUGUUCAUUUUUCUUAACUUGUUUUUAUUAAACUCAGUCACAUACUUGAAACACGAAAACGGAUAAGAGAAUAUUGUUUGAUUAUAUUCUCUUUUAAAAGAAUAUAAUUAUAUUUUACGCUUACCGCAAAUUCAUUUAGUUUCCAAGAAGUAUUAAGAGUUAACAAUGAAAUUAUUAUUACCACUUUACAAGUGGGAUUCUCUUGUCUUUUUAUGAGCUGUGUAUUUUUUAUAUUAAACGAUUUUUGGUUUAAAUAAGUUUUAAGUAGUUACGUAGGUACUAAGCUUCCUACGAAAAUCUUAAGAGCUCUAGUCAUGUCUAUGUAGUAGAUACCUAUAAUAAAUAAAUAUCAUUGUUUUAAAUGCUCUCGUAUAAAUGAUCUUUAAUCUAAAAUAAAUUACAGAAAGUGAAUUUAUUUAAAACAUAGCGUAUUUAGAACUUAAAAGCUGUGAGCUUGAAUAAAAUGUAAACAUAAGUGACGCCUGUCGAGACCUUACAGUAAAUAUGUUUCUCUUAUUCGUGAAAAAUAUUUUCAAAUUCUUUUCACGAAUAAUAUUUUUAUAUAAAACUAGCCGUACUCGCCCGCUUCGCUACCCAUUUAAUAUUAACAUUAAUAUUUAUUGUCAUUGUUAUUGGGGAGUCCAACACUCAUAUAAAUAUUAGCCUAUCCAUUAAGUACAUUGUAUUUUCUACAUGGAUACCAAGUUUCAAGUCAAUCGGAUGCAUGAUGGGUUCAGUAGUUAUAACGGAACAUUCGUAAAAACCACUAGAUUUAUAUAUUAUUAUAGAUAUGUCAUAUUCGAUUAUCUGUUUCACGUUCUAAAAUACUUCAUGUGCCUCCUAAAUAUUCAUGCUCGCCCUACAGUGGCAUUGCCAAUAUCAGCAUAGAAUGCAUUAUCAUUAUGUAUGAUCACACAAAGAUAUCAAUCAGCCAUGAUAAAGUAGGUAAUUUGUAAUAUUGAUAAAAAAAAUCCGGUUUCCUAUUGCCACAAUUUUUGGCACAUAUUGGUAUUCAUAUCUAACUACAUAUAUUAAUUGAAGACGUGCUCUUUGCCGUCUUAUGAAAAAAGUAAAAAGUGUAAAUGGCGUCAUAUUUUGAUCAAUGUUCAAAUUGUAGCACAUUUGUUUUUUUCUUUUUAAAAGCACACUGUGUCUUUAAAUGAUUUAAAAAUCAGGGCGUAUGGAAAAUUCCUCAAGACCGAAGCGGUAUAGGACCAAGGUAUUGCCGAGAUCUACACUAGUUACACCGGGACGGGUAGGUGAGCUCACAGGCUCAACCUGAGAGAAUUUGCUAACACUGGCUCUAGCAAGAGCAGUGCUUCGCAGAAUCUACCACCGGAUUGGAAUCGCGACCCACUGAGAAGAUCCGGUGAGAAACUCAGUGGGCUGUGCCUAUAGAUUAGUUCGCUCGUCGAACUCUUCGUCGUAAUCGACGGGGACGGUGGCCGGUGCUUGAGGCGUUGCCCCGUCGCGACCGGAUAAGCUCUUCUUCUUCUUCCUAGCUUUUUUCGGGUCUGGUACCAAGUUUCGGUUUUCAACUUAAGCUCCUCCACUUUGCCCGAUCUUCGGCAUCCUUUUCGGUGAGGUGAUUUUCCUCCACAUCCGCCUAUACCACAUCCAACCAGCGUUUCUUGGGCCUACCUCGGGAUUUUAGACCUUGUAUGCAGAGGUUGAGUCUUUUAUUUUCGCCGUAAUCUGGCUGCCUGUGUCUUUUCACAAUGUUUAUGUUUUAUCUCUCACGAAGGAAGAUUUAACUGUAGUAUGUAGUAAGAUUUAUUCGAGCUUGGUGUUUUUGAUUAGCGUGUCAUCUAAAACUGUGUCAUUCUAAAAUUAUUGCACAAAAAUCUUAAAAGUAUUGGUGUUUAAGAAAUCUAAAUGUAACUGGUGUAUUAAUGUUUAAAUAUAGUAUCUCAUGAGUAUUAUGGAUAUUUUUUAAUGGAAUUAAAUAAUAAAUAACAAAAUAUUUAAA